GGUGCUUAGGAUUUGUUAGGGUGGGCCCCGACUGGGCUUAGCGUAUUUCUCCCAAAGACGCGUCGCCAGCUUCCGAACCGCGUUAAUUGACUGUCGUUCGUGACGUCCGGCACGUUCGUUCUCUGUUUCCAACGCGACCAGCUAUUACACAACCCAACAUGCCUUCAGCAGCGAAACCAGAGGUCGGCGAGUCGUCGACUUCAGCAGCGAAGAAGGCUCUGACUGGUGCCACAAAUGGCGUGGCUACCUACGAGCUGCCUUGGGUAGAGAAGUACCGUCCCGUUUUCCUCGACGACAUUGUGGGCAACACCGAGACCGUCGAGCGCCUGAAGAUCAUCGCGAAAGAUGGCAACAUGCCGCACGUCAUCAUAUCCGGUAUGCCUGGUAUCGGAAAGACAACCAGCGUCCUAUGUCUGGCGCGACAGCUGCUUGGAGAUUUAUAUAAGGAAGCAGUCUUGGAGCUGAACGCCAGUGAUGAGCGAGGUAUCGACGUAGUCCGCAACCGAAUAAAAGGCUUCGCCCAAAAGAAAGUAACCUUGCCCGCUGGCCGACACAAGCUCGUGAUCCUCGACGAGGCAGAUAGCAUGACAUCGGGUGCGCAGCAAGCCCUCCGCCGGACAAUGGAGAUCUACUCCAACACUACGCGGUUCGCAUUCGCCUGCAAUCAGUCCAACAAGAUCAUCGAACCGCUGCAGUCGAGAUGCGCCAUCUUGCGAUAUGCCCGCCUGACCGAUGCGCAAGUCGUCAAGCGUCUCCUGCAGAUCAUUGAAGCCGAGAAAUUGCAAUACAGCGACGACGGCUUGGCAGCACUAGUCUUCAGCGCCGAGGGCGACAUGCGCCAGGCUAUCAACAACCUGCAAUCCACAUUCGCCGGUUUCGGGUUCGUGAGCGGCGACAACGUUUUCAAGGUGGUAGACUCGCCGCACCCUAUCAAGGUGCAGGCCAUGCUGAAGGCGUGCUAUGAGGGCAAUGUGGAGACCGCUCUGGACACCCUGCGGGAGCUGUGGGAUCUGGGCUACUCGAGCCAUGAUAUUAUCAGUACCAUGUUCAAGGUCACCAAGACGAUCCCGACGCUCAGCGAGCACAGCAAGCUCGAAUUCAUCAAGGAGAUCGGGUUCACGCACAUGAAGAUCCUGGAGGGCGUGCAGACGCUGCUGCAGUUGAGUGGGUGUGUGGCGCGGUUAUGCAAGAUCAAUAUGGACCCGGCGCGUUUCCAGCAAAAGUAAGCCGAAUAAGUAACAGGCUGCGUGCCUCUAAAGUGGUCACGUUGCAGGUAAUACGGAAAGCGAAUGAAUGGGAUAGCAUUGCAAGGCGUUCACGAGUUUACGGUGGCUGGCUUCGAUGGCUGGCUGGCUGGCUGAGGUCCCCUGUUCAGAUAGCCCCUGAAUAUUUACAAGUGCUGUACAUGUUCAACUACUACUACCUCACAUAAGAGCUUCAUCCAGCUCCUGGCAAGCUUUUAAUCCCUUGCCCAUAGUCCUGAUCACCUC